AAAUUAAAGAUGGAAUAUAAUUGGUCUGACACAGCUUUCCCGAAAAGAAGACUGGGGAUCGAUCGAGUGAGUGAUAGAGAGUGAAACAAACAAACAAACAAAAAGAAGAAGAAGAUGCCGUGCCUUAACAUCUCCACCAACGUUAGCCUCGACGGCGUCGAUACCUCUUCCAUCCUCUCCGAAGCUACCUCCUCCGUCGCUAAAAUCAUCGGCAAGCCUGAGAACUAUGUGAUGAUUGUGUUGAAAGGAUCAGUGCCAAUGGCAUUUGGUGGCACCGAGGACCCUGCCGCUUAUGGUGAACUUGUCUCCAUCGGUGGCCUUAACCCCGAUGUCAACAAGCAGCUCAGCGCUGCGGUCUCCGCCAUCCUUGAGACUAAGCUCUCUGUCCCCAAGUCUCGCUUCUUCCUCAAGUUUUACGACACCAAGGCCCAUCAAAGUCAAGAAUAUGCACAAUGUUUACAUGCUUUACACCAGCAGUACUAGAUCAUGAUUGAAUAGAGAACAAAAACAUCUUCUUGUGCCAUCCUGAAAGGUCACUUCUUUUAUCGACUGGUCACUUUAUGCAGGGAUCCUUCUUUGGUUGGAACGGAUCUACUUUCUAGGUUUCGUCGCAGGAAAUAAGUUAAAGUGAUCCCUCGCCAAUGUAUGAACGUGUAUGAUAUUAUUAGUAUUCAAGCUUCUCUCAUCGUCAACUACCUUUGAACUAUUUCCUGUUGUAAACUUAUCGUAACGUUUGUUGGAAUUGCAUUUAGAGAGAAGCACAUUUAAUGUUUUA